UUCUCUUCAAUUAAUAUUUUUACAUUAACUGAUAUUAGCAACUUCGACAUCAGUAACUUAGACACCGAAUUUGAAAACAAUUUUAUAUUAACGAAAGCUUAGGUAACACUUCGAUCUCUCAAGAAUACAACUAACCAAUUGCAUUUUCCGCAAUAUAUAAGUGGCGCUUUUUGAUAUAACAAAUUUUGGGCGCUGUCACUGUCUCCCCGCUCUUUGUCGUCAAGUAUACUUCAAAUACACGACAGUUCUCGAUAAGUAAAGAAACACAUAUAAACAUUUGACUAUUGUCCUCCGAGGAAUCGUCGUAUAAAUAUCUAAAUCGAGAUGAUAUGUAAAUAAUUGUAUAACUGCCGUCAUACAAGCCGUUAGCUUAUCGAGGUAAUGCGUAUUAUUUCUCAAGUGAUAUUACUAAAGAUAUCAGGAAGGUUCCGCAAAACAAUUAUAUCGAUAUGUAUAAUCCAAAUAAAAAAGUAUUUGAAUAUCGUGGGCAACGCACGGCCCAAUGCUACAAUCAGUUUUUCAAUCCGAACAUUUGUCAUGUUUGCAAGAAAGUGGACAAAGCUUUUGCAAGCAGAAUCACAAGGAGACACGCACAUGUUUGACCACUGGCAACAAUGGAUUCAAUCAAGGAAAGGAAUAUUGGAAUCAAUCGAAAAGAAUAUUGGCUAUGCAUUGGACACAUACGUGAAGCAGGCGAUCUUGUGGUCAAAAUCGUGUUAUGUCUGUCACAAACAGGUUGAAUUGAAGACAUGCCAAAGAUGCUUUUCUAUUAACUACUGCAAUCAGCACGAGGAGGCUUUUCGGACAAACCAUGAGUGGGGAAGCAAUUGCGAUGAUUUAGUACUAUCGCUGAAUAUAGAUAUCGAGGCUAUCUCUGGUAGAACAAGUAAUAUCUCAUACGGAUUUCUUCAAUUUGUUAAUGAAAAUAGUAAAUUUGAAACGAUGCUUGAAUUUUGUAUAGAGUUUGUAAUAUCGCGAAGAAAGAACCAUGUGGAUUGGAUUGCUAAAGACUACAUUCGGUCCGAUUACCUUUCAGAUCCACUUACAAUUUAUUCUACGUUCGAAAGAUUAAAGUCCUUAGACAUUAUAACAGAAUCGUGUGUUAUUAUUCAUGUUAUAGCUGCAAAAUCUGUAGAUUCAAACAGUCUAUUGGCUUGGGAAAUUUUAUUACAUCUUGUACCUGAAAUUCAGCGACUUGAAAUUAUACUAAUAAAUCCUAAAUUGACGUACAAUAUUAUAUGUCCAGAUCUUUGUAAACGUUGCACGGCGAAGAAAAAGAAUCUUUCUUUUUUAUGCUAUUCUAUGUUGUACCACGAUUUUAUAUCAACGUCUUGUGUAAGCAAAUCGUGUAAGAAGCCAACUAUGAUUGUAGGAUUUCAUGUGAAAUUUGAUAAGAGAGGAACUUGGGACGAAUCUUUAAAAGUAAUACAGAACAGAAACUGUCCGUUAAUUUUAGGUUGUCCAAACUUAAUAAAAUGCGAAGAAAAUAUAUAUAAAAUAAUGGACACACUGUAUGAAGAUGUAUUUCCUGCUAUUCUUAAUCGGAAUUACUUUAAUGGCCUUGUACCACAUAGAGACUCAGAAACUAGCAAGAUAUAUUUUCGAAAUGAAGGAUUACUGGUCUUCAAGGAUUUAGAUCCUUAUACAAGCUCUCCCACCGGUUCAUAGAUGCUGUUGUUCGGAUGCAUGAAUAAUUUUAAUGAUUUUACUGUAAA